UAGGUGUCUGGAAAAGUGAACCGUCGAAAAUAAGCUGGCAUUGAAGGGGACAUUUUACAUUUUAUCAUCGUUAUUCUGCAUCUGUAUACUAUGACGUGAGUAACCCAGAAAGGCUUACUGCACACGACUUCCAGUGAUUGUAUACGAUUCAAUACUAACAUAACAUCAGCAGCUUAAGCAAAACUACAUCAUGGAGAAGCAUCAAUCUCAGUAUGGCACCUUGAGAUGGUCUCACGGAAUCCUCGGAAUAGUGCUUAUGUUUCUUUUAUUUAGCAUAAUAUUUUCAUCACUGGUGACGUCCCAAUAUACUUUUCAGUACAUGCUGACGCACAUGUAUCCGAAUUCAAAUCUUUCAACCUCGGAUGGAUCCUCCUGCAAUGUAAACACGUCAACAGAGGCGUACCGCGAGAGGACGGCAGCACAGAGGGCUGUCUCACAACUGAAUAUUUACACAAAAGUGGCUGAGGCUGUACCCGCUCUCAUAAUCACAGGGGUCAUGGGCGGUCUCGGAGACCGGUUUGGAAGGACAAGGAUUCUAAUCUUUACGACAUCGUUAACAUUUCUUUCUAUUUGUGUUUCUAGUCCUAUCAUUUAUUUUGAGAUAGACGUUUAUUAUUUCUUAAUCAGCAGCACGCUGUAUAGUUUAGGGGGUGGUAUAUAUGGUGCUCUGUCUAUUGGUUUUGCUUACAUUUCGGAUGUAACAAGUCCUGGGAAGCAGCGAACCCUGAUGAUAACUCUUCUUGAAGCUUCAAUAGGAAUAGGUGCAGCGAUAUCUGGGUUAGUUUCCGGUUUCAUUAUUGAGGGUGUUGGCUACUUCUAUUCAAAUAUAUGCGCAGGCGCAGUGGCAGCCGGUUCCGUGUUGGUGGUUGUGUUGUUUCUGCCACCUUCACGUUCUCCUCAUAUUUCUGUAUCAAGAAAAUCAAAUCUUGAAAAUUCACGUGCAGCAUUUACUUUUUAUUUCCAAGCAUCUCCUAUGAGGUACAAAUAUGUAAUUGGAAUAAUUUCUUUUAUGUUCGCGUCGAUUUCUCUUUUAGGCAAACAACCAAUAGAAAUACUUUACCAGCUAAAUGCACCGUUUUGUUGGACAUCUGUCAAAGUUGGAUAUUUCUCAGCAAUUUCUUAUUCUGUCAGCAUGAUUUUAGGUAUGUCCGUUAUCAAAGUUCUUCAAAUGUGUUUCGUUGAGGAAGUCAUCGCCAUGUUCAGCGGUAUUUCUGGCAUGGCAGCUUAUAUUGUGGAGGCAUUUGCCGUGAAUGACUUGACGCUGUUCGUAGUUCCUGUCAUAGGAUUCAUCAGUGUGUUAGUAUUCCCAAUGAUCAGAUCAAUGUUAUCCAAACUGACGCCGGCGGACGGACAAGGUGCUCUAUUCGCGGGAAUAGCCGUGGUGGAAAUAGCAUCAAGUCUGGGAGCAAAUUUAGGGGCGUCGGCCAUCUACAUAGCUACUGUUGGCACCAUGCGGGGUUUCGUCUUCCUGGUAUUUGCCGGUCUAUCGUUUCUAACCACAUGUCUAUUACUGGUUUAUCGUAUAACAUCUGGAAUGUCGAAGACAGCACCGUUAGCUGAGGUGACCAAAGACAUUACUGGUACCCAGGUAGUCGAGGCGGACGUGGAAAACUGAGGAUAGUUUUAUUAAGUGGAAGCACAUGUUGCAUCAACAUUAAUCUAGCAGUUCAUAUUAAUUAUGUUCUCAAAAAGGAAACCCGAAUUAUGAAACGACAUGACUGACUGCCACACACAGACAGUGGAAACGGACGUGACGAAGGAGACUUGAAAUUUAUAAUCAGGGCUGGUGUCUUUCUGUCUGUGAUAUAACCUCAAACUGUAGCUUUUCUUAUGUCGAUGUCAUAUUAGAUUGUUCUUGAAAGGUAAUAUAUAACACAGUAUGAACGCAGUCAAGGUCAAUUUCAAUUUCAACAAAUUUUAUUGACAAUAUGAGCAAUAGUCAAUAGGAUCAGACAUCAGGCAUAGCCUAUCUAAGUCCUCUCCUUAAAGUGACACCAGGUGGUAAGAAACACAGACAUAUAUUUGUACAUUGAUAUGAUGUUUGGGAUAAGGGGAAGUAACUCCUUGAUGUAAACAGACUUGUUCAGUAUUCUUGAGAUAUAGUAACCCUUUCACUAGGGAUAUUUAAUUUGAGAUAUUUACUAGACUAUUAUCUUCAGUGAAUAGUAUCAAGUAUCUGACAAUGAGUUACUGGUAUUCAUAUAAGGUAAACUGUUGGGUAUAAAUAUUUGGUGAUAUUGGAUUUAUUCCCUCAACAGAUACAGGCCAUACAGUCCAUAUGUAUAACACACUAGCCAUCACACACUGUUAAGGAUCAAAAGCCAAUUUCAGCAAAUAGAUAUAUAAUUUGUAAGUAGGGCGACACCAACUCCUGUAAGUAAAGUAGUAAUUCUUUAGUUAAAUUGAAAGGAGUUACUCCAUAUCUUGAUGUAAGCUUAAAAAAGAAGAAGAAAAUAGAAAACAUAAAAAACACAAGAAAAAAACACAAAAAAACCACA